AAAAGCCAGGGCAAGAUUGGGAGAUAGAUUUCACUGAGGUAAGGCCAGGCAAGUACGGGUACCGCUAUCUGUUGGUUCUGGUAGAUACCUUCUCGGGGUGGGUGGAAGCUUUCCCCACUAAGGGAGAGACAGCAAUAGUGGUUGCUAAAAAGAUCUUAGAGGAGAUAGGGCCUAGGUAUGGGCUGCCAGUGACUAUGGGCUCUGAUAAUGGACCUGCCUUUGUGAGCCAGAUUGUACAAGGGCUGGCCCAAGCUCUGGGGACGAAAUGGAAGUUACACUGCGAAUAUAAUCCCCAGAGCUCAGGACAGGUUGAGAGAAUGAAUCGGACCCUAAAAGAAACUUUGACAAAGUUGGCAAUAGAGACUGGCGGGGACUGGGUGACCCUCCUCCCCUUUGCACUCUUUCGGGCACGUAACACCCCUUAUAAGCUGAAUCUUACUCCUUUUGAGAUUCUGUAUGGAAGACCCCCUCCUGUGUAUCCUAUUUUCGAAGGAAAAUGUCUGCCACCCCCUACUUUGGGACAAUUCCAGCAAACUCUGAUAGCAUUAAGUAAGAUGCAUAACCAUGUUUGGAAAUUGAUUCGAGAGAUACAUGAGGGCCAAAACAAGAGGGCCCUCCCCUCACAUAAUAUUGGCCCAGGUGAUUGGGUUUGGGUAAAACGACACCAAUCUAAAGUAUUAGAACCUAGAUGGAAACGCCCUUAUGUUGUUCUUCUUACCACUCCUACCGCUGUCAAGGUCGACAGGAUUGGACCCUGGGUUCACUGCAAUCACGUGCGGCAAGCCACAUCGGAAGAACAGGAAAAAGCGCGAGCAGAAUGGAAGGCGAGUCCUCACCCGUCAAAUUCUUUGAAACUGAAACUCGUCCGCCGGGAGGCCUCCUAAUUUUCCUGCUGAUGGCAGCUCUCAUCGACCCAGGAGUGACCAGUCAUAACCCCCAUCAACCUGCUAAGAUCACAUGGAAACUCAACGACGGGCAAACUCAUGAGCUGCUCAAUGAGACCUCAGGAAUCCACCCUCCAAACACCUGGUGGCCAGACCUGAACUUCGACCUCUCAAGCCUCUUCGCAAAGCAGGACGGUCUCUAUGAUAAGUCCUAUAGGGAUGGGAUAAAAAACCAUAGGUUGGGGUUUUGGGCUUGCCCGGGCUAUGUAAGAAAUAACUGGAAAACCUGUGAUGGCAUAGAAAGCUAUUAUUGCAGGAGCUGGAGUUGUGUGACCUCUUGUGAUGGACCCCAGAGGUGGGAUGUCGGAAACAGAGAUCUAGUUAGCUUCACCUUCAAGGACCGUAGACACCAGGGGCCUCAGGUACGAGUACAAUUUAACCAGGAACGGGCGAAGAAAGAAAACCGCUGGACCUCAGGACUGACUUGGGGUUUUCAGCUUCACGUAAAUUGGCCCGGCCCCUACCCAGGCGAGCUUUUAAUCAUUAAACAGGUUAUUGAGCCGGUGCAGGUACAUAGUUUAGGUCCCAAUCUGGUCAAAGCAUUACAGGGGCAUAAGGCGACCCCCAAGCCAACCACCUUCAGACCAAGCUUGCCGGGAACAUUUAACAUCUCCUCUACCCCGAGCCUCAGAGGCAAACUGACAGAAACCCCUGGCCCUCUGGCUGUUACCAUUAGCUCAGCAAUUCAGGACCCCCUAUGGGCCUUAGUGAAUGCAGCCUUUACGGUCUUAAACCAUACCAACCCUAAUGCGACCCAGUCCUGUUGGCUUUGUUAUAAUCUUCACCCACCCUUCUAUGAGGCCAUAGGCCUCAAUGUCUCUUACCACUUAUCUUCAGGCCAGAACCCACCCCCAUGCCGAUGGGAAGAACGCAAGGUUGGCCUCACAAUGAAUGAAGUCUGGGGACAGGGACUCUGUUUGGGCACAGUGCCACGUGAUAAAACUUCCCUCUGUGCCCGGACUAUUAGUAACCUACGCUUACACGGCAAACAUUGGAUUGUGCCAGAGGUUGGGGGUUGGUGGAUUUGUUCACAUACUGGGCUAACCCCAUGUUUACAUUGUGAAGAUUUUUAACCAGAGUCAAGAAUUCUGUGUCCUGGUUGCUGUAAUGCCAAAAAUCUUAUACCACUCUGAAGAGGUUAUGUACUCACACUGGGACCGGGAAUUGCUAAGACAAAAGAGAGAGCCAAUCAGUGCAAUCACCAUGGCAGCCUUGUUCAGUCUUGGGCUGGCAGGAGCAGGGACAGGAAUAGCUUCACUAUCUCUGCAAGGCCAAGGGUUUUCCUCCCUACGAGCCGCCAUAGAUGAAGAUAUAACUCGCAUAGAAGAAUCAAUCAGCCACUUAGAGAAGUCUCUGACUUCCUUGUCUGAGGUGGUCUUGCAGAAUAGGAGAGGAUUAGACUUGAUUUUUCUCCAACACGGUGGGGUCUGCGCGGUUCUGGGAGAAGAAUGUUGUUUCUAUGCAGACCACACAGGAGUGGUAAGAGAAUCUAUGGCAAAAGUAAGAGAAGGGCUGGCGCAAUGAAAGAGGGAACGGGAGGCCCAACAGGGAUGGUUUGAGUCUUGGUUUCAACGCUCCCCCUGGCUGACCACCUUAGUUUCCACCCUCCUGGGCCCGCUUAUAGUGCUAUUAUUAACACUUACAUUUGGCCCUUGUAUUUUAAACCGGCUAAUGUCAUUUAUUAAAGAACGUCUAAAUACCAUUCAGAUUAUGGUAUUGAGGCAGCAAUAUCAGAUGGUAGCCCAGGAUGAAGAGAAAGAUUCCUCUACAGGAACAACAAGACAGGGGGGAAUGUGAGGCUGCCAGGGUUAAUACCGUGACGGGCGGCCUGGACCUAAGUUUUAGCUUCCCCCGAAAUGGUAAGAUUCCCUACCCCCAUCAGGUAACCUGGAGCCAGCCAAUCAAUAUGCGCCCAGUAAGAACAAAGGGAGAGCUGAAAAGCCCGUGAACGCCCAGGUUUGAAAAAAGCCCGCGAAAAUCUGUACCAAUAGAAUUGCCUUGCAAACAUGUAACCAAUCCGCUUAAGCCAGCUACUAACCGCUUUUGCAUAUCUUAUAAAUUUGUGUAACAAGCUUGAGCUCAGCGCUUUCUGACCCUGCACCACUGUGAUGUUUGUGGCAGAAAGCCCUGGCUCGAGACAGUAAUAAACUUCCCUUUUUUGCGAGUUGCAUUGUCUUGGAAGCCUUCUCUCUCUUCCCGCUCGGAUUCGGACAUCGGGCAUAACGUUUGGGGGCUCGUCUGGGAUCCCUUGACCGGGAGAAGGGAACGCUUACAGGACAAAGGGGAAGGAUAAAUAAUAACACCGGUGCUCAGGAAAGUCCAGAGUAAAUCCAAGGCCCUGCUGGGAAGCAGGGAGGUAUCUGGCACAGAAGGAAGGCUUUCUAUAAAGGGGGGCCAGCCGGCAUGAGGCCAGCGGAUGCGCUGGGAGGCAGCCGACUCCGCGGGAAGGAAAGUUCCUCUACCGACCCCGAGUCUGGUGAAAAGCGGACGCCAUUCUGUAAGGUGAAUCUGCUACCGGGAGGCAAGAAAAUUCAGGGGGCCCGAAAACCCAGCGCUGUGUCGUCGGCCGACGUUUGUUUGUCCGUGUGUUUGUCUUUGGCUCUCCGUGUUUUUGUGUGUGCCGGCAUUGUCUCUAGUCUCGUUCUCUUCUGGUGCAUCGUUCUUUCUCACUUCUGACUUUUUCUCCUUCUCUUCUUCUCUGAUCUGCCCUCAACUCCUUUUCUUUUCGGGAGUUUCAGUGAACAGGCGAACGGUUGUGGGGGCAUUUGAUGAGUCCUGGCCAGGGCUACACUCUGGCGGACUCUGAAGGCCCUACAAUAAGUAAGCCUCAGUAACUAGAGCCCGACCGGGUGAAACUCUCCUUUAACAUCCCUAACUGAGGACGUGGCCUAAAAUUCUUCUUGUGGGCACGGGUCAGGCACUUAAAGGCCAUUAGGGCACCUGCCACUUGAAGACUCCCGUGAGAGGAUAAGGGGGUCACGGAACGGACUAGAAACCCCUAGGGUGCCCGCCCCCAGCAAGAAAACUUCCGUGCAACGACGCCGGCACAUAAACAGUUCCAAAAGCAUACCAUAAGCCCAACCUCUUGGCCGCCACCACUCCCGGUAGGAUUUUUGGUGGUCGUUCUCAGUGACUUCCUCUCUCUCUUCCUUACCGUUUAUUCUUUGACCAUGGGGCAGGGAGAAUCUACCCCACUUUCUCUCAUGACUGACCAUUUUUCGGAUGUCAGGGCCAGGGCCCAUAACUUGUCUUUGCUAGUCAAGAAAAGUAAAUUAAUAACUUUUUGUUCUGCAGUGGCCCGCCUUUCAGGUUGGAUGGCCUCCGGAAGGCACCUUUCAACCGUCCAUCAUACAGGCUGUGAAGGAGAAGAUUAUGGCUCCUGAUCCCUGGGGCCAUCCGAGUCAGGUCCCCUAUGUCAUGGUCUGGCAGGAUCUAGUGGAAAAUCCGCCUAAAUGGUUAAAACCUUUUGUUCACAAACUUCCUAGUUCCUCCAAUUCACAGGUCCUGGUGAUGGAGACCCCCCGGAGGAAACCAAAAAGAAAGAGGACCCAAAACCAGUCCUUCAGGAAUCAUCUUAUCCAAACCUGAUAGAUCUAGAAACGGAGAUAAGGCCUCUGCCAUAUGUGCCCUCCUUGCAAUCCCCUCCGAGGAGAGAAGCUCCCACAGGUGAACCGAGAGGAUUAAGAGGGCCAACGGGAACCGACCGUGAGGGGGGGCUGGCAUUGGGGACCCGGGGGAAAACUAAGGGAGAUAGGGGUAAGCAAGACCCUGGGGCCCCAGAGUUACCUUCAUCCACUGUUCAGGCGCUCCCCGUCCGAGUGGGACCAACUAACCCGGACGGAGAGCGAACCUAUCAGUACUGGCCCUUUUCCACGAGUGACCUGUACAAUUGGAAGACCCAAAACCCUCCUUUCUCAGAGAAACCCCAAGGCCUCAUUGACCUCUUAGAUUCCAUUUUGUUCACUCAUAAUCCCACCUGGGAUGAUUGUCAGCAGCUGUUGCAGGUGCUCUUCACCACGGAAGAACGGGAGCGAAUUCUGGCAGAGGCGCGGAAACGGGCCCCAGGGGUCGACAGGAGGCCAACCGCCCAGCCUCAUCUUGUGGACGAGGGGUUUCCCCUGUUGCGGCCUAACUGGGAUUUUGAGCGGGUGGAAGGUAGGGAGCGUCUCCGAGUGUACCGCCAGACUCUAAUGGCUGGCCUGCGGGCUGCAGCAAGAAAGCCGACAAAUCUGGCAAAGGUAAAUUUAGUAAGGCAAGAGCCCACUGAAAGCCCGGCAGCCUUCCUAGAGAGGCUGAUGGAAGCUUUCAGGCAAUAUACACCUAUGGACCCCCAGGCUGAGGAGUCACGCGCUGCAGUUCUGUUAGCGUUCGUGAAUCAGGCAGCCCCAGAUAUUAGGAAGAAAUUACAAAAGGUAGAGGGAUUGGGAGAACAGACAAUACAGGAUUUACUGAAAGUAGCUGAAAAGGUAUUUAAUAAUAGGGAAACCCCAGAAGAAAGGGAAGAGCGAAUUCGGCGGGAGGAAAGGGAAUUAGCGGAGAAGAUCAGGAAAGAAGAUAGGGAACAUAGGGCGAGGGAAAACCGGAAGAACCAGAAGGAGCUAGCCCAGAUUCUUUUUGCGGGGAUAAAGGCCGGAACAGAAUUGAGGGAACCUCGAGACCCCCGGACGGGAGAAAAAGAAAAACCAAAAAGGCAGGCCCUAAAGAAGGAUCAGUGCGCCUACUGCAAAGAACAGGGGCACUGGAAAAACGAGUGCCCUAAGAGGGACUCAAGGAGAGGAAUGACCCAGAGAGAGAAAAUCCCCCCUGGAACUCGAGUUCUAUAUGCGGGGGAAGACAGUGACUAGGGGAGUCGAGACUCGGCACCCCUCCCCGAGUCCUGGGUAGCCAUACAUGUGGAGGGGAAACCCGUUGGCUUCAUGGUAGAUACUGGCGCCCAACACUCUGUUUUAAAUAAAAAACUGGGACCAAUGUCUAAGAAAACCAGCUUAGUGCAAGGAGCCAUGGGGACAAAAAGAUAUUGUUGGACCACAGAAUGGAAAGUAAAUCUGGGGACCCACCAGGUGUCCCAUUCGUUUUUGGUGAUACCAGAAUGCCCAGCCCCUCUACUUGGAAGAGACUUGUUGACUAAAGUUAAUGCUCAGAUCCAUUUUGACCCCGGGGGAAUGUCAGUCACGGAUGGACUUGGACAACCGAUACAUGUCUUGUCCCUAGCCUUAAGAGAUGAAUACAGACUUUUUGCGCCUAAGCCCUCAGAGACCAUAGCACUAGAUGUACAACCGUGGGUCCAUAAAUAUCCAUUGGCCUGGGCAGAAACAGCAGGAAUGGGACUAGCCAAACAGAGACAUCCGGUCGUCAUCGAGCUAAAGGCCGAGGCAGUUCCUGUGAGGGUGAGACAGUACCCUAUGAGCCAAGAAGCUCGGCGGGGGAUCACUCCCCACAUUCGACGGCUCAUGGAGGCCGGAAUUCUCAGGCGAUGCCAAUCCCCACACCCCCUUACUGCCGGUGAAGAAGCCAGGGGGGACAGAUUACAGACCUGUCCAAGACCUGCGAGAAGUCAACAAACGGGUGAGUGACAUACACCCAACUGUCCCUAACCCGUAUACCCUCCUGAGCAGUUUACUGCCUGAGUACACUUGGUACACUGUGCUGGACUUGAAGGAUGCCUUUUUCAGCCUACCCCUGGCAGUUCGGAGCCAGGAGAUAUUUGCCUUUGAGUGGACUGAGGGGGAGGGCCAACCGGUAGUACAAUUAACUUGGACCCGCCUCCCACAGGGGUUCAAGAACUCCCCUACCUUGUUUAAUGAGGCUCUGAGUGAGGACCUCUAAGAAUAUCGGGCUUGCCACCCAGAGGUCAUUCUGCUACAAUAUGUAGAUGACCUUAUGUUGGCUGGAACCACAGAGGAAGCUUGCAGCCGUGCCACUGGGGACCUAUUACAGACCCUAGGCAUCUCGGGGUAUCGCGCUAGCGCAAAGAAGGCACAAAUAGCCCGGCAAGAGGUCACCUAUUUGGGGUAUAAGAUCAGGCAGGGGCAAAGGUGGCUAACCCAGGCCAUGAAAGAAACAAUAUUGCAGAUACCAGAGCCCAAAAACCCCCGCCAGGUGAGAGAGUUUCUGGGGACUGUUGGAUAUUGCAGACUGUGGAUUAUGGGGUUUGCUGAGAAGGCCCGGCCCUUAUAUGAGGGAAGUAAAGAGACCCCAAACUGGACUUGGACUGAGCCAAUGAAACAGGCUUUCCAGACACUCAGACGGGCCCUACUAGAAGCCCCAGCCCUUGCCCUGCCUAACCCAAAUAAGCCAUUCCAGCUGUUUGUAGAUGAAAAGCAAGGAAUAGGAAAGGGGGUCUUGACUCAACAAUGGGGACCAUGGAAGCGGCCGGUAGCAUACCUUUCGAAGCGAUUAGACCCGGUGGCCGCUGGGUGGCCCCCUUGCCUUCGCAUCAUUGCAGCUACAGCCCUCCUCGUCCGCGACGCUGACAAGUUGACGUAUGGACAGCAACUCUCGGUUUACACCCCCCACGCCGUAGAAGGGGUUUUAAAGCAGCCGCCGGGUAAGUGGAUCUCCAAUGCCCGCUUGACACACUACCAGGCCUUGCUGCUCGAUGCCCCAUGGGUGCGUUUUCAGACCCCUUGCUUCCUAAAUCCGGCCACGCUCUUACCCAACCCAGAGAAGGACAGCCCUCUCCACGAUUGCAGUGAGAUACUGGCUGAGGCCCUGGCGGCACGAAAAGACUUAACUGAUGUACCCCUAAGCAACAGGGAGCUAGUAUGGUUCACCGAUGGGAGCAGUUAUGUAAAAGAUGGGCAAAGGAAGGCGGGAGCCGCCAUAGUUGAUGAUUCAGGGCAGACGAUAUGGGCUGAGACACUACCCCCAAACACUUCUGCACAAAAAGCAGAAUUGAUUGCCCUAACACAGGCUCUGGAGCAAGCCAAAGGGAAGAGAGUCACCAUUUUUACUGACAGCCGAUAUGCUUUCAGCACUGCCCAUAUGCAAGGUCCCAUAUACCAAGAAAGGGGAUUUCGGACAGCUGAGGGAAAAGAGGUCAAAAAUCUGCCUGAGAUUCGCAGGAUCUUGGAAGCUGUCCAACUACCCCAGGCAGUAGCUAUAGUACAUGUCCCCGGUCACCAGAAAGGAGAAGACCCUAAGGCGCGGGGCAAUCGUGCUGCUGAUGCGGCCGCUCGAGAAGCGGCUAGCCGGGACUAUGCUGCCCUCAUAUUAGCCGUGGGACUUCCACCUCCUUGUUUGGGGACCUUGCCACCAGUUCCCGAAUAUUCCCUCCCUGAUCUCGCCUGGAUCAACAAGGAUACCACCCUCCAGAAAGAUGACCAAGAUGGAUGGUACCGAGACCAAAUCAACAACCUGAUCUUGCCUGCCACCCUGGGUCGUCACCUGUGUGAACACCUGCACACAACUACACACUUGGGAGAAAAAAAGACCCUAACACUUCUCCAGACGGCCUGCCUGAGGUUCCCUCGACAAAAUGCCACUGUACGAGAGAUAAUUCAAGCCUGCAAAGCGUGCCAGCUGAUGAGGGCAGAGAAGAAGCAGCACUCGGGAACGAGGUACCGAGCGGAAAAGCCAGGGCAACAUUGGGAGAUAGAUUUCACUGAGGUAAGGCCAGGCAAGUACGGGUACCGCUAUCUGUUGGUUCUGGUAGAUACCUUCUCGGGGUGGGUGGAAGCUUUCCCCACUAAGGGAGAGACAGCAAUAGUGGUUGCUAAAAAGAUCUUAGAGGAGAUAGGGCCUAGGUAUGGGCUGCCAGUGACUAUGGGCUCUGAUAAUGGACCUGCCUUUGUGAGCCAGAUUGUACAAGGGCUGGCCCAAGCUCUGGGGAUGAAAUGGAAGUUACAUUGCUAAUAUAAUCCCCAGAGCUCAGGACAGGUUGAGAGAAUGAAUCGGACCCUAAAAGAAACUUUGACAAAGUUGGCAAUAGAGACUGGCGGGGACUGGGUGACCCUCCUCCCCUUUGCACUCUUUCGGGCACGUAACACCCCUUAUAAGCUGAAUCUUACUCCUUUUGAGAUUCUGUAUGGAAGACCCCCUCCUGUGUAUCCUAUUUUCGAAGGAAAAUGUCUGCCACCCCCUACUUUGGGACAAUUCCAGCAAACUCUGAUAGCAUUAAGUAAGAUGCAUAACCAUGUUUGGAAAUUGAUUCGAGAGAUACAUGAGGGCCAAAACAAGAGGGCCCUCCCCUCACAUAAUAUUGGCCCAGGUGAUUGGGUUUGGGUAAAACGACACCAAUCUAAAGUAUUAGAACCUAGAUGGAAACGCCCUUAUGUUGUUCUUCUUACCACUCCUACCGCUGUCAAGGUCGACAGGAUUGGACCCUGGGUUCACUGCAAUCACGUGCGGCAAGCCACAUCGGAAGAACAGGAAAAAGCGCGAGCAGAAUGGAAGGCGAGUCCUCACCCGUCAAAUCCUUUGAAACUGAAACUCGUCCGCCGGGAGGCCUCCUAAUUCUCCUGCUGAUGGCAGCUCUCAUCGACCCAGGAGUGACCAGUCAUAACCCCCAUCAACCUGCUAAGAUCACAUGGAAACUCAACGACGGGCAAACUCAUGAGCUGCUCAAUGAGACCUCAGGAAUCCACCCUCCAAACACCUGGUGGCCAGACCUGAACUUCGACCUCUCAAGCCUCUUCGCAAAGCAGGACGGUCUCUAUGAUAAGUCCUAUAGGGAUGGGAUAAAAAACCAUAGGUUGGGGUUUUGGGCUUGCCCGGGCUAUGUAAGAAAUAACUGGAAAACCUGUGGUGGCAUAGAAAGCUAUUAUUGCAGGAGCUGGAGUUGUGUGACCUCUUGUGAUGGACCCCAGAGGUGGGAUGUCGGAAACAGAGAUCUAGUUAGCUUCACCUUCAAGGACCGUAGACACCAGGGGCCUCAGGUACGAGUACAAUUUAACCAGGAACGGGCGAAGAAAGAAAACCGCUGGACCUCAGGACUGACUUGGGGUUUUCAGCUUCACGUAAAUUGGCCCGGCCCCUACCCAGGCGAGCUUUUAAUCAUUAAACAGGUUAUUGAGCCGGUGCAGGUACAUAGUUUAGGUCCCAAUCUGGUCAAAGCAUUACAGGGGCAUAAGGCGACCCCCAAGCCAACCACCUUCAGACCAAGCUUGCCGGGAACAUUUAACAUCUCCUCUACCCCGAGCCUCAGAGGCAAACUGACAGAAACCCCUGGCCCUCUGGCUGUUACCAUUAGCUCAGCAAUUCAGGACCCCCUAUGGGCCUUAGUGAAUGCAGCCUUUACGGUCUUAAACCAUACCAACCCUAAUGCGACCCAGUCCUGUUGGCUUUGUUAUAAUCUUCACCCACCCUUCUAUGAGGCCAUAGGCCUCAAUGUCUCUUACCACUUAUCUUCAGGCCAGAACCCACCCCCAUGCCGAUGGGAAGAACGCAAGGUUGGCCUCACAAUGAAUGAAGUCUGGGGACAGGGACUCUGUUUGGGCACAGUGCCACGUGAUAAAACUUCCCUCUGUGCCCGGACUAUUAGUAACCUACGCUUACACGGCAAACAUUGGAUUGUGCCAGAGGUUGGGGGUUGGUGGAUUUGUUCACAUACUGGGCUAACCCCAUGUUUACAUUGUGAAGAUUUUUAACCAGAGUCAAGAAUUCUGUGUCCUGGUUGCUGUAAUGCCAAAAAUCUUAUACCACUCUGAAGAGGUUAUGUACUCACACUGGGACCGGGAAUUGCUAAGACAAAAGAGAGAGCCAAUCAGUGCAAUCACCAUGGCAGCCUUGUUCAGUCUUGGGCUGGCAGGAGCAGGGACAGGAAUAGCUUCACUAUCUCUGCAAGGCCAAGGGUUUUCCUCCCUACGAGCCGCCAUAGAUGAAGAUAUAACUCGCAUAGAAGAAUCAAUCAGCCACUUAGAGAAGUCUCUGACUUCCUUGUCUGAGGUGGUCUUGCAGAAUAGGAGAGGAUUAGACUUGAUUUUUCUCCAACACGGUGGGGUCUGCGCGGUUCUGGGAGAAGAAUGUUGUUUCUAUGCAGACCACACAGGAGUGGUAAGAGAAUCUAUGGCAAAAGUAAGAGAAGGGCUGGCGCAAUGAAAGAGGGAACGGGAGGCCCAACAGGGAUGGUUUGAGUCUUGGUUUCAACGCUCCCCCUGGCUGAACACCUUAGUUUCCACCCUCCUGGGCCCGCUUAUAGUGCUAUUAUUAACACUUACAUUUGGCCCUUGUAUUUUAAACCGGCUAAUGUCAUUUAUUAAAGAACGUCUAAAUACCAUUCAGAUUAUGGUAUUGAGGCAGCAAUAUCAGAUGGUAGCCCAGGAUGAAGAGAAAGAUUCCUCUACAGGAACAACAAGACAGGGGGGAAUGUGAGGCUGCCAGGGUUAAUACCGUGACGGGCGGCCUGGACCUAAGUUUUAGCUUCCCCCGAAAUGGUAAGAUUCCCUACCCCCAUCAGGUAACCUGGAGCCAGCCAAUCAAUAUGCGCCCAGUAAGAACAAAGGGAGAGCUGAAAAGCCCGUGAACGCCCAGGUUUGAAAAAAGCCCGCGAAAAUCUGUACCAAUAGAAUUGCCUUGCAAACAUGUAACCAAUCCGCUUAAGCCAGCUACUAACCGCUUUUGCAUAUCUUAUAAAUUUGUGUAACAAGCUUGAGCUCAGCGCUUUCUGACCCUGCACCACUGUGAUGUUUGUGGCAGAAAGCCCUGGCUCGAGACAGUAAUAAACUUCCCUUUUUUGCGA